AUGGGGGGGGUGUUCCACGACAUGUUUAAAUACGAGUGUCACUUCAUCAACGGCACCGAGCACGUGAGGACCAUACUGAGGCGCAUCUACAACCGGGAGCAGUACGUGCACUUCGACAGCGAUGUGGGGGUGUUUGUGGGGGACACCCCGCAUGGGGAGAAGGUUGCCAGGGAAUGGAACAGCGACCAGGACAUUCUGGAGUACGUCCGGUCUCUGGCAGAUGGGUGCUGCCGGCACAACUACAAGUGUUACGGCCCGUUCAGCGUGGAGAGGAGAGUGCCCCCCAGCGUGUCCAUCUCGCUGGUGCCGUCGAGCUCCCAGCCCGGCCCCGGCCGCCUGCUCUGCUCCGUGAUGGAUUUCUACCCUGCGCCUGUGCAGGUGAGGUGGUUCCAGGAUGGGCAGGAGCUGCCGGAGCACGUGGUGGCCACCGACGUGGUCCCCAACGGGGACUGGACCUACCAGGUGCUGGUGCUGCUGGAAAUCCCCCCCCGGCACGGGGUCACCUACAGCUGCCAGGUGGAGCACGUCAGCCUGGAGCACCCCCUCAGCCAGCAC